CAAGUCGGACUAAGAGCUUCUAAGCUGCAACUAGAAUGCUACGAGACGAGCCAACUAUAUACUAGCCUAUUAACUAUACCACAUAGUGAGCAUGCUCGAACGAAUUGCGCAGUACAACCAGAGCACCCGGUCUCGAGUAGACGUACCAAGGCCAUAUCUGAAGCCAAAACCUGCUGGAAUCAGCAACGAUGAACAAGACCAUUUCCUCUUCAGUAGAAAACAGGAUAUUACGAACCAGGUCCCAAGCCGGAACGUUAAGCACUUUAGUUUAGACGGAGCUAGCAGCUUACCGUUUAGCAGGAGACCGCUGCCUUUGAGAGCCCAAUCUGCGUUCUCACUGGCAUCCGAUGAACCCGCCGAGCUAGACUGGAAUCCAGCGGCCUUACUAGAACUAUCAGACUCCGUCAGGGUAAACUUGAAGCACUAUAGAAGUGUGGGACCUGAAACCGAGAGACUAAACAGUUUCCUAGAGGCGGCGCUUAGAGAUGAGGAGCAGCAAUGGGGGCAUCCAAUACUCGACAUCGAGACCAUUGAGCACGCUCGGCUGGACAAGCUGCUGGCCGAGCUUCUACAGUUUGCCGAGAAGAUGAGAGGCGCUUCUAGCCCGCUGAUGAGGACAGGUACGGCAACUGGUAGCUUCUCGCUGCAAUUUCGCGUCAUUAUAUCGCAUGCUAAGAACCUAUGGCGCGCGUGGAGGCGCAGAUUCCGCGAGCAGUACUUCAUGAUGGAUCAAUAUCGCUGUGCGGCGCUGGUCAAGGGCGGCCGGCUCAAGGAUGUUUCGUUCAACACCUCCCUAGCCUACGACCUGGGCAAGUGGCAGACAAAAGUGAGCGACCCAAUCUCUGAGCUUGAGGGGAACCUACAAUUCGAUCCCGGACACUGGUGGCUGAACAUUACAUGUGCUGAGAGAGAUGGUAUGGUGGCUAGUUCGUUGGAGAUACCGACGAAAGGAAGGUAUUGUAUCACUACUCUACCUCUGCUUACCGGACAGGAGGAGUGGAUACGGGGUGAAACAUAUAAAUACGUCCGCGAAGGAAGGUCUGGGGACAUGCAUAUCGCUCUGAUAUCCCAAGUCGGCCGACAGAUCCGCGUUCUUCGCGGCUACAGACUGAAGAGUAUUCUGGCGCCGCAGGCAGGCGUCCGUUAUGAUGGACUCUUUACUAUCAAGCAGUAUGGGUGCAAGCUCGACAAUAAUACAAACAUCUACCGCCUCGAACUGACACUUGAGCGUGUUCCGAGCUCAAAGGUGUCUGUAGAAGAUAUCGAAAGCAUACCACGACCCUCCCAGCUAGACGACUGGAACUUAUACGAAAAGCUCGAAGGCGACAAGAUCAAGCUCCUGCAGGGGGAGACAAGCUAUCUGGAGUGGAAGCUUAGAUGCCAGGAAGAGAAGAUCGACAGAGAGGAUUGGAGAAGGGCGCGUCUGUUUAGAGCGUCCGUCUCACGUUGGGGGUCUAGGGCUGAUUCUCAAGAAUAGGGGUAAGGCCCGAUGGCGGGCAACUAUGAUGCCACACAAAGUCCACAUAUUAAGUCCUCUCUAUAUCACUCACUGUCUAUCACUCACUG